AUGAUUUUUUUUUUAUUUAUAAUCUCAAUUGAUUAUUUUUAAGCUAUAAGAAAUAUAGGUAUAACUUUAGGCCCAUUAACAUAAUAAUCGACAACAUAUGUAGUUUAUUAAGAUGAUUAUCUUAAUUAAUAAUUUAGUUUAUAAGAAUAGGCUUGUUGGAGCAAUUGUGCACCUUUAGAUCUAUUUUAUAUAAAAUCAAAUGUAAAUUAGAAAAUAGCAUAUACACCUUUAAAUAUCAUUAAUACAGGAGAUACUGAUUUAAUAAUAGAUUCAAUAGGCUUAUCAACUUAGAAGGGAUAGACUUUAAAGAUUUCACUAAGUAAAUAUUAUUUAAAUUAGAUAAUACUAAUAAUAUUUUAGUUAAGAAAAACGGAAUUGAGAAAAUAAAUAUUCAAUAUAUUUGUGAAAAUAAAUUAACUAAGGAAAAUUAUUGGGCUGUUAUUGAUAUAACUCUAAAAAUAAAGAAAGAAUAAUUAAAGUUUUCUUAUUAGUAUAUUUGUGAUCCUAAUUUCCAUCCUAAAAGAUUUGAUUGGAGUUAUUUAAUUUUAAUAGUAACAAUGUCAACAUUUGUACUCAUUCUAUCAAGAUAAUAAAAAUUAAGUGCAUUUAAAAUAACUUAUUAUGAUAUAUAAAAUAAUAAGAAUGUGGUUGUUUUUUAAGGGUUUCAUUUGGGUUUUAAAAGUGCAAUUAUAUAUAACUUUAUAUUUUGUAUGGGUGUAAUUUCAUCUUAUAUAUUUGAAAAAAAAGUAGAAGAUGUUGAAGAAAAUUUAGUUCGAUUUUUUUGUUUAAUUUUUGGAUUUAUUUUGAUUAGUGAAGUAAAAAAUGAAUUUAUAUUUAGAUUUGUUAUAAGAUGAUAUUCUUAAAAAUAAAAAUAAUUAAAUUUUUAAGAGCAUGUGAUAUUAUUGGAUUACUUUUGUCGAUUGUAACUUUGCAUUUAUAUGUUGAUAAUAAUGAGCCAUGGAUUGUAUAAAAAUAUAAUUGAUAUUUUAGAUAAGUAAUGUAUUAACAAUAUUUUUGGUUGGAACUUCAAUUAAAUUAUUCAAAAUAACUAGUUUAAAAAAUGGCAUAAGUUUUUUUAUUCCAUGUAUAAUAAUGGAUAUAUUAUUUUCAAUUUUUGGUAGUAUAUUUGUACGUUAUGAAUGGGAUAGUCUAAUUAUGAAAUAUUUUAAUACUCCACUUACUGCUUAAUUUCCAUAUUUUUAUCCAAUAUAUAAAAAAAGAUGUGGUUGGUUAUCAAUAUCUUCUAUAUUAUUUCCAGCAUUUUUCUUUGCUUAUGCUCAUAGAGUUGACAGAUAUAAAGAUUCAAUUAUUUAUAGAUUAAUAUCUUAUAUUGGUUUAUUAGUAGGAUUAACUUUAUGGUUUACUUUUUCUUCACUUUAUUCAAUACCAUUACCAGUUUCAUCAUUUACUCUUUUUCCAACAAUUGGAAUUAGUGCAAUUAUAGCAUUUUAAAGAAACGAAAUUAAAAUUAUGUGGAAUGGAGAAUUCUAUGAUCAUGUUUUAUUAAAUCCCUGGAGAAACUAAAUAGGAGAAAGAAGAUCAAACAUUGGAAUUAAUCCAGAAAUUGAAUUAUAAAAUAUUACAAAAGUCAAACUUAUAAGAUUAUCACAAAACUAAGUCAGAUUAAAUAAUAUAUUAUUUGAUGGAUUAUUAGAUUGA